GUGUCUCCGGUAUGGGAUUUAGCAAAGGCCAGUAUCUACCAGUGGAUCAAGGAGAAGAGAAUGCUUUGUCCCCAGAAGCUUGUUAUGAGUGUAAAAUUAAUGGAUACUCCCAAAAAGAUAGCAGGAAGAAAAGAAGCCUCAACCAAUUGGAGCCUGCAGAGAUCAGUUUGGAAAGUUUGGACAUUGAUCUCCCAUUGAAGAUGAGAUUCAGCGUAACUGGCCUUGGCAAUAAAGAACACAUAUUAGAUCUCAUGCCUGCAAUAGAGACCCUCACAAAUCACAACCGCUACGUUAUCUCCUUUGGUAAUCACAACAGCACCUUCCGGAUUCACCAGAAAGAUGGGCUCAGUUAUCUUCAGGUUGCUAAGAAAAAAGCCACAACUGGUAUUUAUACACUGGAAAUAGUUAGCAUUCCCCUGUACAAAAAGGAAGAGCUAAAGAAAUUGGAAGAACGCAAUGAGGACAACUACCUCCUAGGAGAACUUGGAGAAGCUCUUAAAAUGAGACUUUGGAUUGAACUCUAUUAA